GAGUUUGAAGCAUGUUGUGGCAUAUCAGUAAUAUAACAGUUGUUCAAACCUGUGACAACAACAAGUUUUCAUCACAGAAAACCGAUAGAUGUGAUGAAUGUGGAAGAAAGGUGCUCUCUUACAAGCAGUUUGGCCCUUUUCUGAAAGAACAGCCAUGUACACAAAAAUUUUGGUGUGUUUGUCUGUUUGUCCAUCCACUCAGGAAGUAGCAUGCGCUCGACGAAUGAAAAGUAGCCGAGUGGGGAAAGAGGGGUAGAUGGUGCUGUGUGCUUGAUAAGUGGUCAUAAUCUAUGUUUGCUCGAAUGAAAUUGUAAGAAAGGUAGUCGAUAGUGAAAAUUUUAAUUUCUAAGUCCGUAUUUCGUAUCUCGGUUUACGUCCGCCCCUAAGAACACAUUCAAAAACGAAACGCUUGAUAGUGUCUAAAUAAUAAAUACUGCCAUUGUCAAAUGCCAUGAGAUUGUUCUAUACGCAGCUGACAAUUGUUCACACUAUACGCAUCAAAGCAAGGUUUAGAAAGGUAUUACUGAGAAAACGUUGACCAGGACUCACCUUGAGCCACUUGUGGAAAGAAAAUUUCUAACGAGAGAAAAAUUUUUGACGAAAAACGUUUUUAUUCUAAAAUUUCGUGGUUUUCUGAUACGUGUACCAAAUGGUGUGCCAGAGAUGCCAAGAAACCCUUGUACCAGUUUGAAGGCUUUGUAGAUAUGUGACACAUCUCGAUCAGAAACAUGUUUAUUCAGUUUGUUUAUUCGUUCAAAAAUACGGCUUUCAGCAUUGAUAUCGUCUAGGGUCCGAGAAGCGUUUCAUCUGAAAUGUCCAAGAACUCCGAUGCGAAAACGAGACAAGGUACAGGAUUAGACUGCUUUUAGGAAUAACCGGAGCUACUAGUGUAUCCGAGCCUGACUGAUACUUCGGGAAACGGGCUCUUAGAGCCAUUGACUAUGGUGAGCGAGGAUUUUAAUUUCAUUCAUACAAACAUGACCUUUUAUUGCAGAUGCCGCAAAAAUACCGGAGCAGAACACAAGUCCUCGCGAUCGUCGUUCAACACUUUCAGGUCUUGACCAAAACCUCAAAUAUUUCAUUGCUGAUAAAUUACAAUCAAUAUCCAACAAUCUCAAUGAUGGCAAGUUAAUUCCACCGGUUACUGUUGGAUUAAAUCAAGGUGACCGUUUUCAAGUAUUGGCAGUUGCAAAUUCUGAACGUAUCAUUAGAUUACGUGGAAGACAAACGGAUGGACGAGUGAUGAUAAUGGAAGGAGAAAUUCUAGUAAACGAAGGCCCUCCACUUCAUCUCCAUCAUCGCGAAGAUGAAUAUUUUCAUGUUCUCGCAGGUGAGAUCGAAUUUCAGAUUGGAGAUGAAAAGAUUGUUGGAACAGCUGGUACAUGGAUCUUUGCACCACGUUACAUUAAACAUACAUAUAGGAACGUGAAUUCAACUGGAGCUCGAUUAGAAUUUGUGUUUCAACCAGCUGGUAUUGAAUUUUAUUUUGAAGAAGUUAGCAAAAUAAUUGUUGCACAGGAGCCAGAUUGGGAGACACAAGCAGCUGCUGUUGCUAACAAAUAUGGAAUUGAGCUGCUCGGUACACCAGAUUGGACUGGAUAA